AUGAAUGCCACCAGGAGGUUAUGCACAUGUUCACAUCAAUAUAGGGAAAAAAAAGGGGCAACAGAAUUCCAACAUUUUGCCUGUAUCAACCGUUUGAAGAUCUUUCUUUCAGUCCUUCUUUUUCUUCUCCUUCUGAACGCCCAAACUAACAGAAGCAACCAAACCGAAAAAUCACAACCAAGCCACGCAAGUAGACGAAAUUUGAGCGCGUUCAUCGUAAACUUAAAAAGAUGCUUCACAAAGGAUAGCAGCGCAGAAGAAGAGACCCCGACAAAAGUCAAACAAAAAACAAAAGAUAAGGAACCAAAAAACAUUCCAGCAAAUUCUACCCCGUUGAAGAAAGAUCUGAAAACAGAAAUAUGGGACACCAUUGAUGCAUUAGGACCAUGUAUGACCCAAGAAGAGAUGAUCCAAUUGUACUUCGAUAUACACGAUUAUCUAAGAAGAAAAUUUCAAAUUAUGGUUGAUGAGCUGUGGGUUUUUACUCUGUCAUUUGCAAAAGAAAAAAAUUUAAGAGAGGAAUAUAGAUCCAAAUACUGGUGGCAGUGUAGUGACAUCCUGACGAGCAAUUUGAUGAAAAUGCAUGCAAACGAUUUAGACGACUUUGCCAACUUUCUAAAGAAGGAAUCUAAUUCUAAUGAUGAAUUUAAGAAAUAUAUGGCGGAUAAAAUAAAUAGGUGGCAGAACUUCACAUCGGAAAAGAAAAAAAUGUGGAUGACUAUUUUGCGCAAUCAGUUGAAAAAGUACUAA